AUGGACAUCCAUAUUUCAAAUCUCGAGGACACCUCUUGCUCGAUCGCCUCACCACUCAGUGCCGUCUCAAUACACCCAGACUCAUCUUUCGCGACUGUCAAGACGCAGACCGAAAGUCUUACUCUACUAAAGACUCGUCUGGAAGUCUGGUCGCAACAUAUCAUCCGCUUGUCCGCCUACGGAUCAUUGAGCUCCUCUGAAACCGUUGCCGCUGCCCACUCUGACGUCAGGCUUGAGUCGCCUCAGGACCAGAGUUUAACGAGGUCCUACGGCCAAUUGGCUGGGCCCAUAUCGGAUCGCGACUCGGGCCCAGAGGUUCAGCGAUGUCUGCGUGCCCUCGGACAUCGAUUCACCGGUCUCUUGGAACGCGCUAACCGGCUUGUCGAGCUGGCCGAGCACCAGCGCCGGUCUCAGUCAGGAAGAUUACAUUAG